GACACUGAAUUCGAACAAUCAGCGACUCAAACCCUCGUCCUGGCUUCCUACUAUUAGGGUUCUGCCACCGAAUUUACACCAGACCCAUGUUUAACCUCGCCACCAAGCUGGCGAGACGACCCAGGGGCUUUUCCCACUCACCGCCGGUUGUCAGAUUAUUCUCUACCCAACUCCAUGACCAAUUUAAGCCUAACCCAGUUGCUCUUCAAAUGAUCGAUUACGCCAUUUCCCUUUCGAGGUCCCAGAAAUCAGAUGAAUCAUAUGGGCAAGGUUUAUUGGUGCUAGAACAGUGCGAAUCGAAUCAGCAUGAUGCUAAUUCCAAGGGAUUGGUUCUUCUUGCAAUGUCGACCAUUUUGUCUGAGAGAGGAAAUCUUGUUGAAGCUAUUGAGAAAUUGAAUACCAUCAAGGACUUAAAAGUUUCUUCUUUCCCUCUUAGAGUGGCGGCCACCGAGGCUCUUGCAGGACUCCAUUUAGAAUCAGGAGAGGAUGAUACUUCCUCAGUGAUAGCAGAUGUUUGCUUGAAUGAUUUAGAUGCUAGUAAACUGGAACUUGGGCACGGCUUUGGAUCAUUGGAUGCUCAUGCUAGAGCAUUGAAAGGGCUGAUUGAGCUUGUCUGGGGCAAUCAAGAUUCAUCCCAAUCUUGUUUUAAAGGAGUUGAAGAUAACUUAGGCGUCGGGAAUGGUGUAUUGUCAUAUGCUGAAUUUCUUCAUGCAACACGGGAUUUCGCAACUGCAAAACAGUUAUAUCAGAAUGUAAUCCAAGGCAUUCCCGAAAAUAAAGAUUAUAGUGAUCCAUAUAAAUUGGCUGCUGGUAACAUGGCUUGGGAGGACACUCUUUUGGCAGCCACUUGUGCUUUAGGACAGCUUGAGUCACACAUGGGGAACUUUAGUGAUGCAGAAGAGAUACUGACCAGGGCACUAACAAUGACCGAAGAACGUUUUGGUCCUCAUCAUCCAAAGAUCGGAAUUAUAUUAACUUGCAUAGCUCUCAUGUUUCGGCAUAAAGCAAAACUGGAGCGUUCUAGUUCCCUUAUGGUUCAAGAGGGACUCUAUAGAAGAGCACUAGAAUUGCUAAAAGCACCUCAAUUGGAAACUGAAGUUGAACAAGCUAAGGUGUAUAGAAAGGAUAUAAUUGCACUUGCAAGAGGUGGGUAUGCUGAAACCUUGUGUGUUCAACAGAACCGGAAGGCUGCAGGGGAGCAGAUGAAGAGUUGGGCAGAGGCUGCAUGGCAAAACCGAAGACUCUCACUAGCAGAAGCAUUAGAUCUAUCCUCCGAGCCUUCUUCCAAGAUCCCCAUCAUAGAUGCUCGAAUCAGCAGGGUCCUGUAGAUACGAGGUUCAAAAUUUAAGCUUACCUGCUUUUCUCUCUUUCACACUUUUAACAAGCGCGAGUCUUCAUAGAAACAGUCACUCUACUAUUGCAUACCUUCCAAGACCCCACCUUCAGGUAGGAAAUACUGGGCUCGUUUGGUUUACAAUCUUGUAUAACGUGUUUGAUCUUUGCAUAUCACGUGCGCUAGAGGGAUUCUUGUACAUCUGUGUUUUAUGGCUAGAUGUGUGUCCGUUUUCAGUUUUGCCACCGACUUAAAACUAGUCGAUGAUUCAUCAAUUUUGGUUCAUAUAACCAAAUCACUAAAUCCCUUGGAACUUCUAGUGUGGAUGUGUGUGUAUUUGAGGCCAGAGAGUCUGUUUGGAGUUUCAAUCAAAGGGAAUUGAAGGUGUAUUAGAGUUU